GAAAACACCAGACCGCUGUCAGUCAGGAAUCGGCCGACCUGCAGCGAGCACCCUGAACACCUCCAGUGCUCAGCCUAAACCACACCAGGGCUCAGCACGUCACAACAGCUGCUCUGCAGUCCCCCCCGUAAGUAAUUCAUUGGAAAAGUUCUAGUUCAGAUAAGAAAUAAUAGAUUCUUAAGUAUUCUGUUGUAUUUGUCUAAACUGGGAGGAUAACUCCAGAUUUUUGGGCUAAUUCUAGUCUUUUGAUUAUGUUCGGCCUACCUGAAAGGGCUAAGAGGUGCUUUGACCUGAACUAAGUCAGGGAGGGAUAAUCUCCCAGGUGCUGCAUGGCGUCAUCUCCUCCCUCUGCCCUGGGAAGUCAGUGUUGGGGUGAACAUGUAUCUGACAUACCCAGGUUCAGUUCCUGCCCUGCUACCUUCUCCCAGAUGGUGGACAAGUCAUGUCUCCAGCCCAAAAAAACCCCAACAGAUCCAACUUAUCCCUGGUGUAACAGGAUGGAAUACAGCCUGCUAUGGGCUGUGCAGGUGCCAACUGCUCCUGCCCUCCUCCUCUGCUGCUCUGAGUGCAGCCAGGAAGGCACAGCACAUAUUCCUUGCCCCAGAAGAUCCUAGUGCUGUAAAUCUAUUUCGAAAAUGCAUCUUCUUCUAAUAGAGCACUGCUGGAGCACUUUCAGCCCCAGAAGCCCUAGGACAGGUUUGCAGUGCUUCCGUACUGCUCCUGCACCAGGUCCUCCUGUCCUUCAGGUACUGCCAUCUGAUUUUGGGGUCAGUUCAACUCUGCUCUCAGGGCUAUGCGCUCCCCUUCCUCAACGCGCUACAAACCUUCUAUGAAAGAGGGAAAGCAACCCCCAAAGCCACACCAUGUUUGCCCACCUCUCCCACACUGCUCCACCCGCAAAGAGAGAAAAAUAAUAUUUUUUUUUCCUUCUAAAUAUAUUACCUUCCCUUUUUCUUGGUAUUUCUGUCCCUUUAGGGCUCCAUCUACAAUACAAAUGAGCAGGGCAGGAGGCCAAGUUAUUGAAGGACUGUUUUGUAGUGAAGAAAGGAACUUAACCAUCUCUUAUGCAUGCAAAACCCUCCACCGACAAACCUACAUCAUAUAAACCCCCGGUGUGUACUCAGCUGUGGUGCAAACCAAAGCACUGUCGAAACAGAGCCAACAGCUGGUUCAUCCUGAGUGUGAGCCUCCUCUCGUUACAGUCUCUGCCCCCCAGCGAAUCUGCUCUUGCCCAAACAUUAGCCCCAGCCAAGGAACAAGCCUCUCGUUUGGCAGCGACAUGAGAGACCGGCCAAGACCUUUAACCACCGCUUCCUAAUGCCAGCAUAUGUACUAAGAGCAGAGGGCUCUGCAGAGCAUCCUCUCUGUGGUCCAUCCGCCCUACAGAAGCUGAAGCUGUGCUGCAGAGCCCCUGAAGUGCAACGUGCCAUGGGAAGAAGAUCCAGCACCAAGCGUCCGGGCCAACACCUUCUUUUUCCCUCCUUGCAACAAGAGGUCAACUCAGAUAUGAGCUCUCCUACGCGGAAGGAAGGCCAGCAGAUGGUUCCUGUCUUGUGCAAAUCCUCGUGCCCAAACAGCAUCGUGGGUCCCAGCAAGAUCUCCGGGCAGAGGGGGAGAGGGAAGCUCGGAGAGGCGGCGGGGAGCUGCAGCUGCCAGUGUCUCCCCGCGGCUCUUAUGGCCUUUGGAUCCACUCUGAGCAGAUAAGGCCAACGCCAUGGAGGCCGAUAACCGAAGGAGCGUGUUAAACCUGGUGGCUGCGUUUGAAGACCAAAGGGCCUGCAAAUUUCCCUGGAGCCCCCAGAGGGACUGGCAUGCUCGACACACCCAGGCCAGCUCUGCAAUCAGCUGUCUCCAAGGGCUCCCGGGGUCCCCGUCGAGUCAAGACCAAAGACACUCCCAGAGGGCCACCAUGCACCAAGCAGAGCAAGAGGGCGAGGAGGAGGAGGAGGAGAAACAGCCUUCCUCAGCAGCAGGGCAGGAAGAGCAGCAGGGUCAGCGGGGGCUCAGUUUCAAAUGCCUCCGCUCUUUCCGGCGCAAGAUCAACGAGGACAACUGGAGGAAGCAGCAGGACUCGGGCCUCAAGCCAGGCGGCAAGUUAAGUUCUGGAGGCAGCGCAAGCCAGGACCCAGAGGAAAAGAAAAUUGCUCUGGAGUUGCUGGAGACAGAACAGGCUUAUGUUGGCCGCCUCCACCUUCUCGACCAGGUGUUUUAUACGGAGCUGAUGAAGGAAGCCAAAAAUGGGAAGACAGUCCCAGAGGAGGUGGUGAAAAUGAUCUUCUCCAACAUCUCCUCCAUCUACCAGUUCCAUGCCAAGUUCUUCUUGCCAGAGCUGCAGAAGCGCAUGGAGAAUUGGAGUUCCAAUCCGCGGAUCGGGGACGUGAUCCAGAAGCUUGCGCCAUUCCUCAAGAUGUACGGCGAAUACGUGAAAAACUUCGACAAGGCCGUGGAGCUCAUCACUGCCUGGUCGGAGAAAUCGCCACCUUUCCAGGAGCUCAUUGCCGACAUCCAGAAGAGGAAGGUCUGCGCUAACCUAACACUGCAGCACCACAUGCUGGAACCUGUGCAGAGAAUCCCGCGCUACGAACUCCUCCUGAAAGAUUAUGUCCAAAAACUGCCACCUGAGUCCCCAGACAGGGCCGAUGCAAAGAAGGCCUUGGAAAUGAUUUUCAUGGCGGCCAAGCACUCAAAUGCGGCUAUCGCUGAGAUGGAACGGCUGCAGAACCUCUGGGAGGUCUAUCAGAGGCUAGGCCUCGAGGACGACAUUGUGGAUCCCUCCAACGAGCUGAUCAAGGAAGGACCAGUCCUAAAAAUCUCCUCCCGCAACAACAGCACAUCGGAAAAGUACCUGUUUCUGUUCAACAACAUGCUGCUGUACUGUGCGCCCAAAGUCAUCCAGGUGGGCGCCGAAUUCCAGGUCCACCUCCGCAUCAAUGUGGAUGGCAUAAAGGUGCGGGAGCUGAAUGACACGCAGUUUCCUCACACCUUUCUGGUCUCAGGCAAGCAGCGGACGCUGGAGCUGCAGGCCAGGUCCAGGGAGGAGAUGAAUGCCUGGAUCGAGGCCUUCCAGGAUGCCAUCGAUAGGAGGGAGAAGAGGAGUGAGAGCUUCAAGACAGCUGUGCAUAGGCCAGAGAUGGGGCCCCCUGCAUUGAAGACAGAGGAGCUGGGCCGUCGAGCCCCACAGUGGGUGCGGGACAACCUGGUGACCAUGUGCAUGCGCUGCAAGGAGCCCUUCAACGCCAUCACGCGCCGGAGACACCACUGUCGUGCUUGUGGAUACGUGGUGUGCGCUCGCUGCUCCGACUACAAGGCCGAGCUGCAGUACGACAGGAACCGCCUGAACCGCGUGUGCCAGGAGUGUUACGUCUUCCUGACAGGCCACGUAGUGCUCGAGGACCGGGAGGGGAAGCACAAAGGCAUCCUGGAGAAAGAAGCAGCAGAGAUAUCAGGCAGGAGUUUGCUCUGCAGUUCCCUGCAGCUGCUGGACAAGAACGGCAAGGGAGGCACGCGGGGCUGGUUCGUGAUCCCGCGGGAUGACCCCCUCGUGCUGUACAUCUAUGCGGCCCCCCAGGACGUCCGAGCUCACACCUCCAUCCCGCUGCUGGGCUACCAGGUGAGGGACCUGGCCCAGGGCGACUCUCGCCACCUCUUCCAACUGGCACAGUCCCGGCAGGUCUACACCUUCGUGGCUGACACGGAGGAGCUGAAGCAGCGCUGGAUGAGAGCCAUGGCGCGCUCCGCUGCGGGGAUCACCCACCCGGAGGAGGACGAGGACACAGACUCCUUUGAUGAAGCCGAAUGAGCCCCACAAGCCGUGCCCACCUCCGGGGCUGCCCCGACAGUGCUGCCCUGCGGGUUGAACCUCCUCCCUGCUCUCCCUCGCUUGCCGGUCGGCUUUGGACAGAUCCCCCGACCUCUCUGCGCUUUGGUUUUCCCUUUCGCAAAAGAGGCAAGGUGAGGGCGCGUUUGCUGCCGCGCGGACAACCCGGAUCCCCCUUCCCCUCCCUCCUCGUGCUCCGCAACGGGGAGCUGGACCCUGGAGGGAGCCGAUGGAGGCA